GAGCGGCCGCGCCCCCCGCGCUGCCAACCCGCGAGCCCGCAUCAUGGAUGUCGAGCUCUCCUAUUUCGCAUUGCUAGCCCUGGAAUUCGAGACCCCAGACGAGGACCAGGAUUCAUGAAUCAGUCGCAGGGGCCGGGGCAGGGGCCUCUGGCUCCAGACACUGGCCGAGAGGUGAUGAGUGAGGUUCGAAGAACGGAAGAUUUAAAAAGCAGCCGGGGCCUCCGUAUUGAAUGAAAGACCCAGUGCAAAGACAUCACCAUGAACACGAGCAUUCCUUAUCAGCAGAAUCCUUAUAAUCCACGGGGCAGCUCCAAUGUCAUCCAGUGCUACCGCUGUGGAGACACCUGCAAAGGGGAAGUGGUCCGCGUGCACAACAACCACUUCCACAUCAGAUGCUUCACCUGUCAAGUGUGUGGCUGUGGCCUGGCCCAGUCAGGCUUCUUCUUCAAGAACCAGGAGUACAUCUGCACCCAGGACUACCAGCAACUCUAUGGCACCCGCUGUGACAGCUGCCGGGACUUUAUCACAGGCGAAGUCAUUUCGGCCCUGGGCCGCACCUACCACCCCAAGUGCUUCGUGUGCAGCUUGUGCAGGAAGCCUUUCCCCAUUGGAGACAAGGUGACCUUCAGUGGUAAAGAAUGUGUGUGCCAAACGUGCUCCCAGUCCAUGGCCAGCAGUAAGCCCAUCAAGAUUCGUGGACCAAGCCACUGUGCCGGGUGCAAGGAGGAGAUCAAGCACGGCCAGUCACUCCUGGCUCUGGACAAGCAGUGGCACGUCAGCUGCUUCAAGUGCCAGACCUGCAGCGUCAUCCUCACCGGGGAGUACAUCAGCAAGGAUGGUGUUCCAUACUGCGAGUCUGACUACCACGCCCAGUUUGGCAUUAAAUGUGAGACUUGUGACCGAUACAUCAGUGGCAGAGUCUUGGAGGCAGGAGGGAAGCACUACCACCCAACCUGUGCCAGGUGUGUACGCUGCCACCAGAUGUUCACCGAAGGAGAGGAGAUGUACCUCACAGGUUCCGAGGUUUGGCACCCCAUCUGCAAACAGGCAGCCCGGGCAGAGAAGAAGUUAAAGCAUAGACGGACAUCUGAAACCUCCAUCUCACCCCCUGGAUCCAGCAUUGGGUCACCCAACCGAGUCAUCUGCGACAUCUACGAGAACCUGGACCUCCGGCAGAGACGGGCCUCCAGCCCGGGGUACAUAGACUCCCCCACCUACAGCCGGCAGGGCAUGUCCCCCACCUUCUCCCGCUCACCUCACCACUACUACCGCUCUGCUGGAGACAGUAACAUCUACCGGAAACCUCCGAUCUACAAACGGCAUGGUGAUUUGUCUACAGCAACCAAGAGCAAAACAAGUGAAGACAUCAGCCAGACCUCCAAGUACAGUCCCGCCUACUCACCAGACCCCUACUAUGCUUCGGAGUCUGAGUACUGGACCUACCACGGGUCCCCCAAAGUGCCCCGAGCCAGAAGGUUCUCAUCUGGAGGAGAGGAGGAUGAUUUUGACCGCAGCAUGCACAAGCUCCAAAGUGGAAUUGGCCGGCUGAUUCUGAAGGAAGAGAUGAAGGCCCGGUCGAGCUCCUAUGCAGACCCCUGGACCCCUCCCCGGAGCUCCACCAGCAGCAGGGAGGCCCUGCACACAGCUGGCUAUGAGAUGUCCCUCAAUGGCUCCCCUCGGUCUCACUACCUGGCUGACAGUGAUCCUCUCAUCUCCAAAUCUGCCUCCCUGCCUGCCUACCGAAGAAAUGGGCUUCACAGGACGCCCAGCGCAGACCUCUUCCACUACGACAGCAUGAACGCAGUCAACUGGGGCAUGCGAGAGUACAAGAUCUACCCUUAUGAACUGCUGCUGGUGACUACAAGAGGAAGAAACCGCCUGCCCAAGGAUGUAGACAGGACCCGUUUAGAGCGCCACCUGUCCCAGGAAGAGUUCUACCAAGUCUUUGGCAUGACCAUCUCUGAGUUUGACCGGCUGGCCCUCUGGAAGAGGAAUGAACUGAAGAAGCAAGCCCGGCUGUUCUAGGCAGAGGCUCUAUAAAUAUAUAUGCAUUUAUAUAAAGAUAUAUGUAAAAUCUCUCUACUGAAGCUCGGUAUAAUCCUCUCUUGUGUAAAGGGACACACUGACUGCCAUGAGACUUGCUUUUCUGUACUGUCAGGCAAGCCCACGUCAUCGAGAUAUUUUUAUGCUCCUUACUUUCUCUUUUCUAAGUGCUGUGGGAUCUGGGAAGGGAUUUGAGGGGACUCUGUCCUUUUAUUGGGGAUCCUUUUUAUACUGAAACAUCUGUCCUAACUUGAGUGCCCCAAGGUCCAACUCUCUUUCCUAAAGAAGGUGCCUGAAAAAGUCUCUCUUCUCACUGCUUCGUGGCCCCUUUCUUAAAUUUCUAGGGCUGAUGCUGACCAUGUGGUUUCCACACCUUAUUGGCCCCAGAGGGGCCCUCCCAUGGGAAGAUCUGCAGCAAUCUCCCCAAAUCAAUGAGCUCCUUUGAGCGCCCACGAAGAACUUUCUCAACACCCCCAGUUAGGAGCUCAGUGCUCUCUGGGGGCAAUGCAGUUAAAAGCGUGAAUCUCAAAUAUAGUUAUUACACCAGUCAACAGAAAUGGACAGGGCCUAGGCCUCUCCUCAGCUCCCUAACCCUCCUCCUUCUGCCCUGGAUUGUAAACUCUCCCUUGUCCGAAUCUAGGAUUCAUGGUAGGAAAAGGAAAAGGCCCUUCCCUUCCCUCCGCCACUUCCAACUGGCCCCUUUGCCUGACCUGGACUUGGAGAACCAGAGGAAAGGAGAGGGAGCAGAAGUGGGAGAUAGAGCAGGGCACCUGUUAGAAUCAGAGCUGCAGGAUUUCUUGGGACCCUCCUCUCUCCCUCACUGCUCCCAGCACCUCCUAACCCUUCCCCCUUUCAAGGAGAGGCCCAUGAUUGCAGCUUGUAUUCUUUAGCCUUAUUACAAUCUAUGUGCCUGACAACUCAACACACCGCAGGGCUAAUGUUCCCACCAGAGCUCCAACUGAACAACCAGACAGACAACUCUCACCGCCCUCCAGAGAGAAAAUAGGCCAUGUCCCAAAGAAAGGUUCUUGGUCUAUGCCUCUAGUCUGUGGGCUGGCAGGGCAACCAUAACAUACCCCCACCAGUCCUCGGCUCCUGCUGCAAAGUUGGCCAUGUUUCACAGGGAAACUUUUGGAGGCUGCUUAUGAGAUUCCAAAAUGAAGUGUUGGCCAACAUUGCUCAUGGCCAUCCCGGAUUUCCCCGGUGGCUUCCUUUCCUGCCUGCUCGCCUCCCUGAACAGGGGAGAAAACUUAACCUCUCUUCUCCUCUCCAAACCUUUCACCUUGAGUGGGCAAUGUUUGGUGGGGGCUGUUCCUUCUUGGAGAUGCCUUGAGUCAGACCAUUUUGAGAUCAUGGAGGAAGGAUGAAGAAGUGAAAAUGAUAAUAAUGACUCUCAAGAGACUGGUGAUGUGACAUGGCAAAUGUAGAACUGACUUAAAUUGAACAAACCCUCACUGAGCACCUCUGAUGUUGAGCACCUGCUGAAUACUGAGCACUGAAUGGGGGAGGGGGAGGGGAGCACAGGGGUGAAUCAACCUGGGACUUGGUCUCAGGGACAUGCCUACCAAUAGUGGGUAUCGUAAGGCAUGUACCCAAACAUAACGGAUGUAAGGCAGAAAGUGAUCAGAGAAGGAAUGAGAAAGUGUGCGUGAUGUUAAUGAAAAGUCAUAUGCAGUUAGAGCAGACCAAGGAAAGCUUUCUGAAAGAGAUUGCAUCUGAGGAAAAUUCAGGAAGGAUCUUUGUAGAUUGGGAGGAGAUUCUAAGUUGAAGGGGUGAUAGGGUGAGGAGCCAGAGGGAAGUCUGCUGUGUUCUCAUGUAGGAUGUCAGCCCUCCCUGCAACUUCUCUUUUUGGCCAAUGUCUUUUCACUUUCCUGACCCUUUAGAAUCGUCCCCAGCCAGAAGCAAUCAUGGAAGCUGCCUCAUUGUCACUGGUUAAGAACUUGGCGAGAUUGAAGGGCUUUUGUUAUUGUUGUUGGAUAUUUCUGUUUCCCAUAAAAGCACAUCAUUUCAACCCUAAA